CAGGAAAGGAGUCGCCACCCCUCCGACCCCGCCACGCCAUGGCUUCUUUUCAGCUCCCCGGCGCGUGCACCCCGGAUGCUUUUACUUCCAGUAAGCUGGUAUCUGGUCCGGAAGCGACGCUUCUGCACGGUCUCGGUCUGGGCUGUGCUCUGGUGGCGCUAACUGGGUUCGCCUGGCAGCGACUUGUUCACAGGAGGCGGUUCAGUGUACCGCAGCGUGCAGGUGACCUGUCGCGAAUUAUCGGACUCGUGUUGACUUGCAGCGCCCUGGGUACCGCCGGAAUUGCAGUUCGUUCUAUGAUGUGGCUUGCCAUCUCCCAAGAUGAUGCUCUACUGCCUUCUUCCAGCAGUAGACAAGUCUGGCUAGAGUGUGUUUGCAUCCUCAGUUCGCUGUGGAUCCAGUUUUUCUUACUUGGAGCUCAGAUGUGGUGGAUGCUGUUUUAUUCUGUUGAAGUGUAUUGUCAAGUUCAGGAGCUGAAUAAAGUACGUAUGAUUCCUUUUUAUCACAUGCUAUCCUGGGGGAUGUCUGCUUUCUUUUGUGUUCCUGGAGUGGUGAUCCUGACUCAGAGUCCUUUUCAAAGCUAUAAUCAUGACCCUGAUGUUGCCAUUCCCCAGUACAUCAGCACCUACUUGCCUCUACUGCUCGUAGCAUUAAUCGAUAUGAUCCUUCUCUCUCUAUCCAUUUUAUCAGUUUCAGCAAUGUUGAAGAGAAGAUGUGGAGUUUACACAGCUGAUGAAAGGUGUUUAAGGAAGAGAAUCAAGAUGUAUUUUCAGAAAAUCAUGAUUACCUUUUCAGUUUGUUGGAUGCCUAAUCUGUUAGCUGAGGCUCUGCUGUUCCUGAUUGAUGCUGAUCUUGGCUGGAACUUCACCUUUACAAAGUCCCUUUACACAGCAACUGUGGUCACCUGGGUCCUUAUGGUUGUCCUAAACCCCAUGUACGCAUUUCUCCAGUCUUUGGCAUUCUAUCAAUGGAAUGGAUGUGGCUUUGGCCCUUGUCAGCCGUGGUGGUGGAACCAAAUGUCAAGUUUCACACCUACAUGUGAGGAACAUGUAGCAGAAAUUACAGAAGAGAAUGAACUUGAAAGCACAAUGCAAAUCCUUUUUAAGUUUCACACAUAUGAUUGUGAUGAGAUCAAACCUUUGAACCUACAGUUGAAGAGCUCUGUUAGUGAAACUGAUAGUGCUUAUCAAGAUACACAGCCAGCACACUGGCUUGUCACAAUGUGCUGUAAAAGAUCUGCCCCAGGAAUGGCUGAAAGCAAAUGCACUGCGGACAGAGGAAGAAGAUGGAUGGUCUUGAGAGCAUGACUGCAGUGGGGCUUGCUGGCUGCUCAAAAGAUUUAGUGCAACAGCACAGUUUAGCUCUCAGAGUCAUCUGUUUCCUGAACAAAAGCUUGUAUUUUUGUAAUUGUAACUGCCCCCCCCCCCCCUUUUAAUUCCCUAAGGGCUUCAACCCUAACUUUACUUAAACCUGUGCUUGCUAUUUAUUUAACAAGUAACAGUCUAAAUGCUCUAGUAGCUCUUACAUCUCUAAUUUUAUCUUAAACUGCUUUCAUUUCAUUCAUCUUGGUGUAACCCUUAAAAGCUGAGAAGGAUUCUCUUCUUUGCCAAGUGUAUAUUUGUGCCGCAAUAAAUCGGCUAUUGUGAGA